UCAAAACAGUCACAAAAAUAAUAACAAAUUUGAACAAAAGAAUUUCCCAAUCUGCAGUUUCAUUCUGAAUCUUCAUUUAAAGAAUUUCUUGAUUGGCAGUGCAACGUUGUAGAGUACUUGGUGAAAAGUAGUGAAAAAGUUGCAAAAAUUAGCACUGCACAGCAUCAGUAAUUAAUAUCGGCGAUAAAAGUUGGUUUAUACUAACAUCCCAUAUUGUUUGUCAGUGUCGAUGUUAUCAGCUGUAGAAAGCUGCUGGGACUAGCAAUAAUGGAUUACAUGCUGGAUACGUACGUAGGCUACGAUAUCGGAUCUGUCGAACCGGAUGAUAUUCCCAAAACGGAUGACGCGGUCUGGAUCCUGGGCAAGCAGUACAACGCAAUUCAAGACCUGGACACAGUGCGACAGGACGUACAGAGCCGCCUGUGGUGCACCUAUCGGCGUGGGUUUGUUCCCAUCGGCAGUUCACUGCUGACCACCGAUAAAGGCUGGGGCUGUAUGCUUCGCUGUGGCCAAAUGGUACUGGCUCAGGCUCUCACUCAGCUGCACCUGGGGCGCGACUGGUGCUGGACACCGGAAACGAGGGACCCAACCUACCUAAAAAUCGUCAACCGAUUCGAGGAUAACAAGCAGGCACCAUUUUCGUUGCAUCAGAUUGCCAUGACUGGUGAAUCUUCGGAGGAGAAACGGGUCGGAGAAUGGUUUGGUCCGAAUACGGUUGCACAAGUGUUGAAAAAAUUAGUCAAAUUUGACGACUGGAGCAGUAUAGUGGUCCAUGUAGCUCUAGAUAACACAAUCGCCACCGACGAAAUUCUGGAGCUUUGCGUUGAUAAAUCCGACACCGAAAGCUGGAAGCCAUUGCUACUAAUAAUACCGCUUCGAUUGGGGAUAAGCGAAAUCAAUCCAAUAUACUUCGACGGACUGAAAAAAAGUUUUGAGCUGCCAGGAAACUGCGGAAUGGUCGGAGGGCGUCCUAAUCAAGCGUUGUACUUUAUUGGUUACGUCGGAGACGAAGCGCUAUAUUUGGAUCCCCACACUGUACAGCGUAGUGGAAGCAUCGGUGCAAAAGCUGAACCAGAAGAACAGGAAUUGGAUGAGUCCUUCCAUCAGAAGUAUGCUCGACGGAUUAACUUCAAAGCGAUGGAUCCAUCGCUGGCCGUUUGCUACCUCUGCGCAACGAAGGAUGAUUUUGACGAACUGAUUCGUAGAUUCAACGAGGACCUGAACAGCGGAGUUUGUCAGGCUCUUUUCGAAGUAACCAAAACGCGACAAGCUCCCUGGACACCAACGACGACGUCGUCGGCGUCUUCGAGGAAAAACAGCGAACCGAAUGAGGCAUUCAAUGAGAUUUCCGCUACGGAAAUUGUUAAUGAAGAGUUCGAGGAAGUGGAAACACGGCAGCUAGACGAUUCUGACGAAGAAUUCGAGAUCAUUGUGUAACGGACAGUUUGGUUCCAGGCGACGAUGCGAUAGAGAAUUUUAACCUAUUUGUGAAUAGGUGUGUUAUGGUUUUACAGAUACGCGAAAGAACCGUAUGCUAGAAUUUGUGAAAUACUGUGGAACGCAAUGCUUGAGAAUCAAGAUCCCGCAUCAUCACACAAAGAACUAUGCUAAAGUGCUUUACAGGAACAAAACAACUCAGCUUGUCGUUAGCUCUCAUCAAUCGAUUGAAGUUUUUUUAGUAGUCUUUGUCAUUUAAAAUACAUUUUCACAAUAUAUCUCAAGCCUCGGAAAGGGGUCAUAAGAAAGAAGCAUGUGUUCGAGAUUGAAUGUGCGAGGUUUAACGAUUUUUAUAAUGAUGAUAAUAAUAGUAAUAAGAACGAUGCGCAAUUUCGUUUUUAAUUUUUGUCGACGUCGGGCUUCACCACACAAAUUAAGUGUUAUUUACAUAGCUGAAAAUGAUCUUCUUUAGCCAAGUAUCUGAACAGUCCAAACAAACGGAAUUUUGUGGUUUUUCGUAUUUUUAUUUUCUUUCCAACAACUAAUAGUUUUUGUCACAAGUAUUCUGGAAACAUUUAUAAGCGUGAAGAAGAGAAUAUUGCAUAUUAAAUACAGUUUCAUCUUGUUCCGGA